GCCAAGUAUGACGAAGAGAAUCCAAUUUUGGUCAUGGUCCUCCACCCCCAACCCCUCAUUAAAUUUCACACCAAUUUGUUACUGUUAUAUUUCCCCCUCAUUAAUUGUUGUAAGCUACUAGUAGCAGUAGGCAUCAUUUGUCAAGGAUGUGGUCAAUUCUCUGACUUGUUUGAACAUUCUUGUUCUGUCUCGGUUGGUUAUCUUGUAAAGGGGUUUAACCAUUUUACCUCAUACUAAUAAACACAGAUUUCAGCAAUAUGUUGGGUCUUGGAUUGAUUAGCAUAGCGGGUCAUGCUACCCCAAGUAAAGAAUUACACUGGUUACUUUCUGCCUUUGCUGGUAUCAUCAUGUGUAAAAUUGUUUAUCAAUUAACAGGUGCUAUAAGUCCUUUGUUCUUCACGGGAUAUUUUAAACUUGACGACCAAAAGAAACUUGAAUGGAACAACAGAGGAUUUUCCACUUUCCAUGCACUCCUUGUAGCAGCUGCUUCUAUAUAUCUCUUGCUUGAAUCAGAUCUUUUCCUUGAUGGUGCUCAGGAUGAGUUAAUGAUCAAUAGAACCUCGGCUUUUUCAGACACCAUACUCGGGAUCUCCACCGGCUACUUUCUGGCAGACUUGGCAAUGAUUUUGUAUUACUUCCCAGCCUUGGGUGGAAUGGAGUAUGUCUUUCAUCAUGGACUCUCAAUGUUUGCAAUUGUUCAAUCCCUUUUAAGUGGUCAAGCACAGAUAUAUAUAUUUAUGGUACUCUUUACCGAGAGUACUACUCCCUUUGUUAAUUUGAGAUGGUACCUGGAUGUUGCUGCUCAAAAGAACUCUAAGCUUUAUGUCUGCAAUGGAGUAGCUUUAUUUCUUGGGUGGCUGGUUGCAAGGAUUUUUUUGUUUCUCUUCCUUUUCUAUCACAUGUUUAGCCAUUUUGAUCAGAUAAAGAAAGUUUAUCCACUGGGCUUCUAUAGCUUGUUAACUGUACCUCCUGUUUUGGCACUGCUGAAUACCGUCUGGUUUUGGAAAAUUGCAAAGGGUUUGAUUAAGACUUUGAGAAAGGCUAGACACAGCCAGUAGCAGACAACUACUGCUCUUUUGGAGCUUGUGCAGUAUCUUUGUCCGACAUUGCUAAUCAUAAAUGUGGCAUCCCUUUCAGUAAUUGUAGUGUGAUGCAAUACCGAAGUGUAGGACCGCUGAUUGGCUGUGAUGUUGUAUUUGCUGGCGACAAGGAGCCUAUUUUGAUAUUUUUCAAAUUUCUGGCUUGUUUGAUCAGCUAUUUUGGCUUAACCGUUUUACUCAUAAUGUACAAAAAUUGAUUUUGGCUUAGCAAAAGGAACUCAAUGGAAUCAGAUCUACUCAUUAAAGUGAA